CUGGCACACACCGGAGACACGGCGGGUCUCAGAACCCCUCAACACGGGCUCUGCCCAUGCCACUAACACCACCUGCGGAGCCUGAUCUGGAACCAAAAAUGAACUGGGCGUCAUUUUAUGCCGUGAUCAGCGGCGUGAACCGACAUUCCACCGGCAUUGGGCGGAUUUGGCUGUCUGUCCUCUUCAUUUUCCGGAUCCUGGUUCUGGUGGUGGCGGCGGAGAGCGUGUGGGGCGACGAGAAAGCGCAUUUCAUCUGCAACACCCAACAGCCGGGAUGCAACAGCGUGUGCUACGACCACUUCUUCCCGAUCUCCCACAUCCGACUGUGGGCCCUGCAGCUCAUCAUGGUCUCCACCCCCGCCCUGCUGGUCGCCAUGCACAUUGCACACCGUCGGCACAUCGACAAAAAGUUGUAUCGCCAGGCUGGCCGCACCAGCCCGAAAGACUUGGAGGCGAUAAAGAACCAGAAGAUGAAGAUUACCGGCGCCCUCUGGUGGACAUAUAUGAUCAGCCUGCUGUUCCGUGUGUUGUUCGAGUCCGCCUUUAUGUAUCUGUUUUACAUGAUUUACCCGGGCUAUAAGAUGUUCCGGCUGGUGAAGUGUGACUCGUAUCCGUGCCCAAACAUUGUCGACUGUUUCGUGUCCAGGCCGACAGAGAAAACAGUCUUCACUAUAUUUAUGCUGGCGGUGUCCGGCGUCUGUAUCCUGCUCAACAUCGCCGAAAUCGUCUUUCUUGUGGCGAGAGCAACCAGUCGACAUCUCAAUAACUCCAAAGAUUCCGCUGUGGGAGCCUGGAUCUCCCAAAAACUCUGCUCCUUCUAGAAGUGCUCGGCCUCAAGCCUUAAAUAUGUCACUUAAACGCUUAUAUUUAACGAGGGUUAACAAUGAUCCGUGUUGGGUAAAGUUCCUAAUAUAUUACAAUCUUAAACGCUGUGUUAAUUUUAAAAAUAAAAAUCAACAACCCACACACAUAGAGCGCUUAGGCUGCUUUCAUAUUGCAUACGUCCUUUAAAAAGUAGCUAACAACGUAACACUGUUACUUUUUAAGGUGACUUAAGACUGUAAUACUUUUAAAAGUAACUUUACCCAACACUGAAUAUGUCAGUGAUGAUGUUUUUAUGUGUAACUCAGAAUACUUUUUAAAUUAUGUACAUAAGCAUUACUUAUGACAUGUAUUUACUGCUGCAUGAAUAUACUUAUUUGGUAGCUUAAAAAAUUCUACAAUGAAAUAAAAUUGAAACAUUAAUUUAUCUGUGCUCACACAUUGAGUUGUAUUGCAAAUGACUAAGAAAAAACAAAUUGUAUUGCAUUUCUUAACUUCUAAUGUUACCAGUUGACACACACACACACACACACACACACACUCACACAGA